AUGAGUCGAGUUCGGUACACUUAUACCGAUCGUUGGGAGCUCUUGGUUGAAGGUGUGAUCAAGAGCAACAACCAGUUGCGAAACACCCUGCACAAGGCGCGGACGUUUUGCGACAAGUGGCGGGCACAGAACAUAAGGAUCGGUGGCGGUGGUGGUGGAAGCGGUGGGAGCGGCGGCGGCAACAAUGCCACAACCGAACCGCUGGACACGUCGGGUGGACAAAAGGGCCUGGCCAGGUGGUUCAGCAUGCGACGGGGCUCCAGUCACCAGUACGACGUCGACUCGUCCUCCGACACUGCCUCUCUCACCAGCCCCCUCAAGGUGCCCCACCAGAUGCCUCAGCUGUCCGAGGUCGAGGAGGAAAGCGGAGCCAUAACGCAGUUCCAGUGCUCGCAGCUGCGUAGGACGGCGCCGCCCUCGUUGCCGGACGCGCCGCCGAAUCUCUCGGCCCAGCAGCUCAAGCGGCGCUACAUCGUCGAGGCCAUCGUCCACUCGGAGAACAGCUACGUCAACACCCUCCAGAGGCUCGUCAACGAUUAUAAAAAAGAACUGGAGGACUCGUCGCCGCCGAUACUCAGCCAGACCAAAAUAACGACGCUGUUCCUCAAGUUGCCCGAAAUACUGCAGUGCCACACGCUCUUUCGGAUCGCGCUGGCCGAGUGCGUGCGCUCCUGGGACGAGAACGAGAAGCUCGGGGACGUCUUUGUCGCGAGUUUCAGCAAGGCCAUCGUUCUCGACAUCUACAGCGGCUUCAUCAACAAUUUCUCCGUGGCCAUGGACCUCGCCAAGCAGGAGUCCAAGCGCAAGACCGCCCUCGCCGACUUUUUCAAGAUGAAGCAAAUCAACGCCCAUGACAGACUGUCCUUCUUCGGAUUGAUGGUCAAGCCGGUUCAAAGGUUCCCGCAGUUUAUAUUAUUUUUACAAGACUUGCUCAAGCAUACUCCCCACGGACACCAUGACAGAAUGUCGUUACAGUUGGCUCUCACGCAGCUGGAGAGCUUGGCAGAAAUGCUCAACGAGAGGAAGAGGGAGGCUGAGCAGUUCCAGGCGUUCAAGGAAAUGUUGCGUCACGUGUCGGGCAAACUCUCCCACCGGCCGCUUUCCUCGUCCUCGAGGUACCUCAUAAGGGAGGACAACGUCACCCAGCUGGAAUUCAAUCAAAACGGAAUGAUCACUAAAUCGAAAAGACGAAGACUGCUGCUUUUGAACGAUCUCGUCGUGUGCGUUUCGGUAGCACCGAGAUCGGCGGAAGAUUUUACGAGCAGCGAGCGGCUUACGUUGAAAUGGACGCAUCCCGUGUCAGAAAUUGAGAUACAGGACACAAGUACGUCUCCAACGCUCAGUCGACUGCUAACAGCAGGAUUGAACAAGGGUGGCAGCCUCAAGUCGGAUAGAAGUGGCGAGGGUGGACAAGCGGGUGCGGAUAACUUGUGCGUAGAAAUGAACGAUCUCAUGCACGACUACGAGGUGAUGUCGAGGAUCAGUGACUUGGCUGCUCAGCUGAAGGGCACGUAUGAGGGAUUGACUCCCGAAGCGAUAAAGCAAGUACUGCAGGGUAUACAGUCGUCGAUACAGGCAAAGGACGAGGAAAUGGUUUGGGCAGACAGUUGCUGCUUGCAGCUUGUGACAAAGCAGGGCCAAAUGUACACUUUCCAGACGGAAAAUCCGCUCGUGAAAAAAGACUGGGUAACCGAGCUGAGGCUCGCACAGCUAGCUUUGGAUCCCAACAAUUCACCGUCCUGGGAAGUACCGGAACAAGAACAGAGGCCGUCGACGAAGAUGCCCCUCUUCGUCACUGCUACGCCCGUCUAUCACUCGCAACAUCAAUCCGAAGUGCGGUGCGGUUGCUACUACGUCACUCAAAAUCCUCGACCAACGAGGCGACGAGGUAGACAUCAGAGUUACCUGUGGGUCUGCACGGACGACGGUGUUUCGACGCACGUCACCGCGUUUGGCCAAUCGACCACGGCCUCGGCAACCUCCCUCAAGCAAAUCACAUCCUUCGACCUCGUAGAGACGCGCGUUGCCGCCGUCGAAUUCGUCAAAGGCUUGAGUAACGAACAUCCAAGCCUCUCGAGCGAUCUCGUUUGGAUGGGCACGGAUUCGCGCAAGCUCAUCCUCUACACCGCAGCCGAGCCGGAGAAGCAGGAAGAACUGGGCAGUUAUCCGGUGUCCGGACCGGUCAUUCAGAUUAAAUACCAUUACGAUAACGUCUUUGUGGCCCUCGGCACGGGCUCGCUGCUCAUGUUCAAGCGACAAUGCGACGGAACGUGGAAUCUGAAGGAACCGGCCAUCAUCACGUUGGGAUCCGAUCCAGUGUCUUGCCUCAUGCCGAUCAACUCAUCGGUGUAUGCAGCUUGCGGGAAAAAGGUCUGGGUACUGAACGCCAUGACGGGUGAGAACACAAAGAGCUUUAGCGCACAGCACGAGCACGUAGGUAACGUCAAACUGAUGGCGCACUCGGGCGUCGGUCUGUGGGUUGCGCUCAAAAACUCGAGCACCGUGUGCCUGUACCACACCGAAACGUUCAAACACCUGCAAGACAUCAACAUCGCCUCGAACGUAUUGCGGAUAGCCAAGUUCGGUAACUGCGGUAACAAUAGUCACGCCAACUCAACGGCCAACGACACUCUCAACAACAAUCAGUCGGCCGUAACGGUGACCGCUCUAAUGGCCUGCAAGGGCUUGCUGUGGGUAGGCACGAACGUUGGCAUCAGCCUGACGAUUCCCUUGCCACGUCUCGAGGGUGUACCGAUCAUCAGUGGCCGAGUCAACAUUUCGUAUCACGCGCACUUUGGUCNUUUAAAUAAAUUUGAUUCAAAUGUCGCACGCAGUCCUAAAGUUCAAACUUCCCACUUGGGAGGAUUGACUCCCGAAGCGAUAAAGCAAGUACUGCAGGGUAUACAGUCGUCGAUACAGGCAAAGGACGAGGAAAUGGUUUGGGCAGACAGUUGCUGCUUGCAGCUUGUGACAAAGCAGGGCCAAAUGUACACUUUCCAGACGGAAAAUCCGCUCGUGAAAAAAGACUGGGUAACCGAGCUGAGGCUCGCACAGCUAGCUUUGGAUCCCAACAAUUCACCGUCCUGGGAAGUACCGGAACAAGAACAGAGGCCGUCGACGAAGAUGCCCCUCUUCGUCACUGCUACGCCCGUCUAUCACUCGCAACAUCAAUCCGAAGUGCGGUGCGGUUGCUACUACGUCACUCAAAAUCCUCGACCAACGAGGCGACGAGGUAGACAUCAGAGUUACCUGUGGGUCUGCACGGACGACGGUGUUUCGACGCACGUCACCGCGUUUGGCCAAUCGACCACGGCCUCGGCAACCUCCCUCAAGCAAAUCACAUCCUUCGACCUCGUAGAGACGCGCGUUGCCGCCGUCGAAUUCGUCAAAGGCUUGAGUAACGAACAUCCAAGCCUCUCGAGCGAUCUCGUUUGGAUGGGCACGGAUUCGCGCAAGCUCAUCCUCUACACCGCAGCCGAGCCGGAGAAGCAGGAAGAACUGGGCAGUUAUCCGGUGUCCGGACCGGUCAUUCAGAUUAAAUACCAUUACGAUAACGUCUUUGUGGCCCUCGGCACGGGCUCGCUGCUCAUGUUCAAGCGACAAUGCGACGGAACGUGGAAUCUGAAGGAACCGGCCAUCAUCACGUUGGGAUCCGAUCCAGUGUCUUGCCUCAUGCCGAUCAACUCAUCGGUGUAUGCAGCUUGCGGGAAAAAGGUCUGGGUACUGAACGCCAUGACGGGUGAGAACACAAAGAGCUUUAGCGCACAGCACGAGCACGUAGGUAACGUCAAACUGAUGGCGCACUCGGGCGUCGGUCUGUGGGUUGCGCUCAAAAACUCGAGCACCGUGUGCCUGUACCACACCGAAACGUUCAAACACCUGCAAGACAUCAACAUCGCCUCGAACGUAUUGCGGAUAGCCAAGUUCGGUAACUGCGGUAACAAUAGUCACGCCAACUCAACGGCCAACGACACUCUCAACAACAAUCAGUCGGCCGUAACGGUGACCGCUCUAAUGGCCUGCAAGGGCUUGCUGUGGGUAGGCACGAACGUUGGCAUCAGCCUGACGAUUCCCUUGCCACGUCUCGAGGGUGUACCGAUCAUCAGUGGCCGAGUCAACAUUUCGUAUCACGCGCACUUUGGUCCCGUCACUUUCCUCCUUGCCAUACAGAACAGCAGGAGCAACAUUGGCUGUUCAAAGGAUGAUGAGCAGCAACAGCAAGAUGAGGAACAGGUGCAGCUGAGGAAUAAGUAUUCGGAGCAAAAUGGACAUGCACCGAGGCAGCGCGCCGAUCGGGUUAGUCUCGAUGCAUCCACGUCCUCCAACAUGUCGGCCAACAUGCUCAAGUUCAAGCAGCAGCUCGCCAGUAGUCCUGUGUUGUUGAGGCGAAAGCGCAGCAAGGAGAACGAGUACAGAGGCUCGAAGACGUUGCCUCGUGGACUAGGUAAGGCGUACUUAUUAUGUACCUGCUCUGGCGGUGGUUUUCUAUCGAGUUCGAUGUCGAGCUCGCAGAGCUCCGGUGAAAACUGCGACGUGUACGGUCUGUAUGGCGAGCUCAUGUACGUGAAGGAUUACGAGAACGAGGGCGGCACCGUAGUGGACCCGGUCUACGAGUCGUUGCGUCGUAGCGAUCCCGAACUAGCCAUUCCCAACAAAGUCAACACCUUGGACCGUAGAAUGAAGAUGAAGAUUAUGAGGCCGAGGUCGCUCGACUUGUCAAAUUGGUCGGUAGACUCGCACGCCAGCUCGCUCUACACGUCGUCUGGCUCGGAGGAGAACCUGUCGCUCAAGGCUGGCAAGCUGUCGCGCAACAGUAGCACAGCAAGCCGAAACGGGCCCCAGCACAGCGAACUACAGCAGCCCAUGGUUACCAUAAACAACACCUCGACUCCGAUUCAGGAGAACAGGACGGCGGCGACGACGAAUAAACAGAAGCCACCAAACAACAAAAAACCCCCACCCGGUAAGGGACAAGCCGAUCAGCCGAGGCGAACUGUACUCACGCUCAUGGGUGGCCGAGGUUACGUUAAUUGGAGGCACGUUGGAGCCCACAAGGAGGAUAAAAAUCAAAAGUCUGCAUACUCUAUUAAAGAUCCGAAUAGCAACGAUGCACACAUCGUUCUUUGGGAGAUGAAAUUAUGAUACCGAAUCAAAGUAGGCCUACUUUACUGGUACCAAAAAGAGGCAUUAUUUACUUUCCUAAUGAUAAUACGUGCUAUAAUAGUGUAAAAGGACCAAAUAAUGCAUGCGCGGUCGGACUCUAUCGAGAGUAACGAGUAAAUUCUUUGAAUUUUUUUUUUUUUGUUUUCAACAUAAGCUAUUACUUGAGUGAAUGGUCUGGCUACGUGUACUAUAAUUUAAUUAUGUAAAGUACUUUUGAGUACAGACAGUUUAUAUAUUGAUUGUUAAAAAAAAAAUCGAGAAAAUUGAAAAAAAAAAAAAAAA